AUUCCCUGUCUGUGCAGUGGUGCCUCGUGUUUACUGUGCCGAUGUUGUCCCAACAGCAAGAAUUCAACAGUGACGCGUCUUAUCUAUGCCUUCCUCCUUCUCCUCAGUACUGUUCUUGCCUGCAUUAUGCUGGCACCAGGGAUGGAAGAGCAGCUGAAAAAGAUACCUGGAUUUUGCGAUGAGGGGCUUCAUACUCUGAUACCACAUAUGAAUGGCUUUGUCAGCUGCGAUGUGUUUGUUGGAUACAGAGCUGUCUAUCGAAUCAGCUUUGCCAUGGCAGUGUUCUUCUUUAUCCUCUCUCUGCUCAUGAUAGAAGUGAAAACAAGUAAUGAUCCAAGAGCCUCGGUGCACAAUGGGUUCUGGUUCUUCAAAAUAGCUGCCAUUGUGGCUAUCAUGGUUGGAGCAUUUUACAUUCCUGAAGGGCCGUUCACAAGAGCUUGGUUUGUUAUUGGUAUUUUUGGAGCCUUCUGCUUCAUUCUUAUCCAGUUGGUGCUUCUUGUGGACUUUGCUCACUCCUGGAAUGAGAGCUGGGUUGAUAAAAUGGAGGAGGGAAAUUCUAAAUGUUGGUAUGCAGCUCUGCUGCUCUGUACAAGCUUGUUCUAUGCCUUAUCGCUGGUUUUUAUUGUGCUCUUCUAUGUUUUCUACACGAUGCCUGAUGACUGCACUGAGAACAAGUUCUUCAUAAGCAUCAAUUUGAUCCUGUGCAUUGCUGUCUCCAUCGUUUCUAUCCUUCCAAAAGUUCAGGAACAUCAGCCUCGCUCAGGCCUCCUCCAGUCCUCUGUGAUCACGCUCUACACCAUGUACCUCACUUGGUCAGCCAUGUCCAAUGAGCCUGAACGAAGCUGUAACCCAAGCUUGCUGAACAUCAUUACCCAGAUAGCUACACCCACCGUUUUUCCAGCAAAUACCACUGUGGUACCUGCUACUCCAGCUCCACCCAAGUCCCUACAGUGGUGGGAUGCCCAGAGUGUUGUUGGAUUGGUUAUCUUUGUCCUUUGCCUUUUGUAUUCCAGCAUUCGCUCUUCAAGUAACAGCCAAGUGAACAAGCUGACACUGUCUGGGAGUGACACUGCCAUUCUGAAGGAGACUGUGGGAACAAGCAGUGAAGCUGCAGAGGAAGGAGAAGUGCGCCGUGUCAUGGACAAUGAGAAGGAUGGUGUUCAGUAUAGCUACACCUUCUUUCACUUCAUGCUCUUUCUUGCUUCUCUUUACAUCAUGAUGACUCUCACAAACUGGUACAGCCCUGAUGCUGAUUUUAAAACAAUGACAAGUAAGUGGCCAGCUGUGUGGGUGAAGAUGACCUCCAGCUGGGUUUGUCUCCUUCUUUAUCUUUGGACCCUCGUGGCUCCUAUUGUCCUUACUAAUAGGGACUUCAGUUAAGUUGCUCCACCUGUCUGAGCUUACAGAAGUGGGGAACUUUUUGCUGAAAGCCAAAAUGUUCAUCUGUUGCUUUAGUUAUACUGUGUUACUGUUUCUUAUGUUACAUGCAGGUGGAUAAAGUUAUGUAUUAUAUAAUGCUUGAUGCAGGAUCAAAAUUAUUAUUAGUUAUCUUUAUAUUUUAACCUUCAGUCAUGGUUAUCUUACUGCAUUUUUAGAAUUCACU